AUGAAAAAGACGAUAGUAGAAAAGAUUAAGUUGGGAAAACAUCAGAAUCAAAUCGAUACCAUCUUUCUUAAAGUAGAAGAAGUCAAAGAUUUUUGGUUGGUUCCGGUUCCGCUGACUCCCUCGCUGUUUCCCUUCAAAACUGAACCGCGCUGCUGUCACAAUCUGCCACACAAGUUUAUCGGUAUAGCCUUAGGAGAGUAUCUCACCCGUGUUGAAAUCUACGAUCCAUUAAGAAAAAGUUGGUCUUCGUGUGUUACAUCUCUACCUACUCAGGGCUCACGCUUAGCUGUAGCUGCAUACGAGAAUAAGGUUGGUGCACAUAUGGCCAAUCUAGGUGGGUAUGUCUAUAGUAAGUGAAC